UUAUAAAUGUUUAUCAUUUUGAAAAAUUCUGUACCUAGAGUUACUGGAAACUGUUUCUGGCGCUGCCCGCGUCUCCUGUACCAGAAGGGCGAGGGCGAGCAUGUUGGGAGUCGCAUUCUGGUAGCCUUUGACUUUGACAAGACCAUCAUUGAGCAGGACUCGUACCUGGUGGUCAGCCAACUUCUCCCGAAGGAAAGGCGCAACAUGUCAUUGCUAGAAAUGAUACCGAAGUUUGGCUGGCAGAUCUAUAUUAAUCGCGUGCUCCAUCUGCUGCAUGAAGAGCACAAGCUGGAUUCAAGGACAGCAGUCGGCCAGCAAAUACGCAGGAUUCCGGCGGUGUCAGGGAUGCUACAUCUGAUGCGGUGCCUCAACAGAACCCCUACCGUGGACAUGUGUAUCAUUAGCGAUGCCAACACGUUUUUCAUUAACGAGUGGUUGGAGUCGUACGGCAUCAGUUGCCUGUUCACCGACAUUAAGACCAAUGCUGCCUGCGUUCAGGCGAACGGUAGCCUGCUGAUGCUACCCUACGAAGACCAGAUUGGCUGUGAUCUCUGUGCCCGUAACCUUUGUAAGGGAGGCGUGCUGCAGCAGAUGCGCGUUGGCGAGAUCUAUAAGCAAGUAGUCUACGUUGGUGACAGCUGCAAUGAUCUUUGUCCCAUGAAGCGCCUCCGUCCUGGCGACGUGGCCUGCAUUCGGCUCGGAUUUGAACUGCAAGGCAAGAUGGUGGCACAUACCAAUAUGCUGUGUUGCUCGGUGUUGGGGUGGCGCGAUGGACACGAUCUGGAGAAGCGCUUAAUGCCCAGAAUCGCUUGGUAAAUGUGUAGCAAGGCAAAGAUGUUAAUGUUAAUGCUGCUGUUUUAUUUGACUUAAAAAUAAAUCUUUCUCGUAUGUAUACAAUCAUUAUUCA